UGUGUGUGUGUAGAGGUGUGUCUGAUAUCUGCAGGUGUACACAGAGUUUAUAAAGGUCUGCGCACUUUUGUGAGGGGCUGUGACAGAGAAUAUUGCUAGAAAAGUUAGGUCAAUUAUUGAAUAUAUAAGGCAUAUGUAAAAAUGAAUGAGUCAGUGAAGAACCCAAACCAGCAGAGUUAUUGGCAGGAGAUGGGAAGAUGGGUGGGCUUUGAGGAGACCUAUGAUGUCGAAGCGGGCUGCUGGGGCCCGUCACACAUCUCCUACCUCACCUUCAAGAGCCUGGUGCAGAUACGCAGGACAAUGAACACGGGUUUAAUGAUGCUAGACAGAGAGGAGAAGACGCUCUCCAGUGUUAUUGAGAAGAUUGUGGAUGCCCUGGUUAGCAAAAAGGAGAUUCAGCCAGGGGACAGAGAUAAGGUUCUUCAAGCAUUAAUGCGCAAACAGAGCCAGUCUGUAGAGACCCAGCCUCUGACCUCAGGUGUGGAAAUGGAGAAAUUCUCUGUCACAGAGAAAAGGGACACAACUGGUACUGCAGAGGCCUCAAUGGUGAUUGUAGGUGCUCUGGAGUUCCUGGAGAGGUCUGCGAUAGCAUUUGUGCGUCUACGGGAUGCUGUGGAGCUGGAGUCUGCUCUGGAAACUCCUGUGCCUGUGAGGUUCAUCUUCAUCCUGAUUGGCCCAACCGCAGCUGACAUGGACUAUCAUGAGUGUGGUCGAGUGAUGGCAGCACUACUUGCUGACAAAAAAUGUAACCAGGCAGCCUUCCAGGCUCAGAGUGACGGGGAGCUGAUUGAUGCUGUGGGAGACUUCAUGGACUGCUGCAUUGUGAUUCCACCCACUGAGAUUCAGGAUGAGUCCAUGCUAACAUCACUCAUCCCCUUCCAGAAGAAACUAUUGCAAGAGAGACUCCAUCCAUCUGACUCCAAACUCCACCUGGAUGUCAAACCUCGCAAGGAUACAUACAGUACAUUAAUCGAUCUUUCCACAGAUUCAAAAUCCUCAGGACCCCCUCCAGAAGAUCCACUAGCACGUACUGGUGUUCCAUUCGGUGGCAUGAUUAGAGACAUGAAGAGACGGUAUCAAUACUAUGUCAGCGACAUCACUGAUGCUCUGAACCCUCAAGUUGUUGCUGCUAUCAUCUUUAUCUACUUUGCUGCUCUCUCACCAGCCAUCACCUUUGGCGGUCUUCUUGCUGAUAAGGUGGAUAACAUGAUGGGUGUUUCGGAGCUGAUGAUCUCCACGUCAGUACUAGGCAUUAUCUUCUGCCUGAUCGCUGCCCAACCUGUACUAGUUAUCGGCUUUUCUGGGCCACUGCUGGUGUUUGAAGAGGCCUUUUUUAAUUUCUGUAAGUCUCAGGACAUUGAGUACAUCGUAGGCCGAGUGUGGGUUGGUGCUUGGCUGGUGGUCAUUGUUGUGGUCAUUGUUGCCUUUGAAGGAAGCUUCCUGGUCCGCUUCAUUUCCCGCUUCACUCAAGAGAUCUUCUCCAUCCUCAUCUCCCUCAUCUUCAUCUACGAGACCUUUGCCAAACUUGGCAGGGUUUUCAAAGAACACCCUCUUAUCAUGAAUUAUGAGCAUGUAAACACUACAGCUGAGGACCCCUGGAACUCAGCUGGCAGCUAUCAGAGACUCCUGGACAAUGUUACAGGCAAUAUGUCUGUUAUGAGGACCAUUACACACCGGUCUUAUCCCAACACAGCUCUUCUGUCCAUGUGUCUCAUGUUUGGCUGUUUCUCAAUUGCAUACUACCUACGCAUGUUCAAGAAUGGCAAAUUCCUGCCAGGCAAGAUUCGGCGUUUGCUUGGUGACUUUGGAGUUCCCAUUGCAAUUUUUCUCAUGGUUGCUGUCGAUAUCAACAUUGAGGACACAUACACUCAGAAACUGGUGGUGCCUAAGGGUCUUCAGGUGUCCAAUCCUAAGAUGCGUGGAUGGUUAAUCAACCCUAUGGGUGAACACAAGCCCUUCCCCAUAUGGCUGAUGUUCGCCUCUGUUGUCCCAGCUGUGUUGGUCUUCAUCCUCAUCUUCCUAGAGUCCCAGAUUACCACACUAAUUGUGAGUAAACCAGAGAGAAAAAUGGUCAAGGGUUCUGGCUUCCACAUGGAUCUUCUCAUCCUGGUGAGCAUGGGAGGUCUGAGUGCCAUAUUUGGCAUUCCUUGGUUGAGUGCUGCAACUGUAAGAUCCGUAUCUCACGCCAAUGCCCUGACUGUCAUGAGCAAGGGCCCAAAACCUGAGAUUGAAAAGGUUCUGGAACAGAGAGUCAGCGGUGUAGUGGUGGCUUUGCUUGUUGGUCUGUCCAUUUUAAUGGAGCCCAUUCUCAAAAUGAUUCCAAUCACAGCUCUGUUUGGAAUCUUCCUCUACAUGGGAAUCACAUCCCUCAGUGGGAUUCAGCUUUGGGAUCGAAUGCUGCUCCUCCUUAUUCCCAAAAAGUAUCACCCGAAUGAACCUUAUGCUACAAAAGUCAGCACCAAAAGAAUGCAUGUGUUCACUGCGAUCCAGAUGGUGUGUCUGGCAGCCCUGUGGAUAGUGAAAUCGAGCCCUGUGUCACUGGCUCUACCAUUCGUCCUGAUCCUCACCAUCCCUCUGCGCAUGUUCAUGACUGGAGGACUUUUCACUGAGCAAGAGAUGAAAUGUCUUGACGGCGAUGAGGCAAAGGCAACAUUUGAAGAAGAGCCUGGAGUGGAUGUGUACUCUGAAACACAGAUGCCGUUAUAGACCAUUUUCCUGGAACCAAACUCAUUUUUCACAAUCAACUUUUUUGAGUG